AAAAUCUAAAAAUAUUAAAUCCUAAUCCCACGUUUUCAGCAGUAGAAAUUUCCUUUCAGUGAGCUUCAAGAACUUCAGCCAUGGCCGCCACAAAUCGCUCAGAGUUAUAAUUAGACCGACGAAUAUAUGCACUCCAUCUAAUUAGUUACACGUUUCAGGUAGUGGAAUUAGCUUAUGGCUAAAAUGGUAGAGCUGGUAGCUGAGAAGCACGUCGAGUAUAUCGUAUCUGUUGAAAAGAAGAAGGAUGCAUUUGAAUCCGUGGUCAUGGAGCACCUUAGGAUGAAUGGUGCUUACUGGGGACUCACAACAUUGGAUCUUUUGGGAAAGCUUCAAGUCGUGGAUCAAGAUGAAGUUAUUCCAUGGGUUAUUCAGUGUCAACAUGAAUCUGGUGGAUUUGGUGGUAAUAUCGGACAUGAUCCACAUAUACUUUACACUCUCAGUGCUGUUCAAAUAUUAGCUCUAUUUGAUAAGCUACAUAUUCUUGACGUUGCUGCAGUGACAAAUUAUAUUGUGGGGUUGCAGAAUGAAGAUGGGUCUUUUUCAGGAGACAUGUGGGGAGAAGUUGAUACUAGGUUUUCAUAUAUCGCAAUCUGUUGUCUGUCAUUGUUACAUCAAUUGGACAAAAUUGACGUGGAAAAGGCUGUUAAUUACAUAGUAAGAUGUAAAAACCUAGAUGGAGGCUUUGGAUGCAAUCCUGGUGGGGAAUCGCAUGCAGGACAAAUAUUUUGCUGUGUUGGUGCUCUUGCUAUAACUGGAUGUCUUCAUCAUGUUGACAAGGAUCUUCUUGGCUGGUGGUUGUGUGAGCGCCAGGUGAAAUCGGGAGGUCUAAAUGGUCGACCAGAGAAGCUUCCGGACGUCUGCUAUUCAUGGUGGGUACUUUCUAGCUUGAUUAUGAUCGACAGGGUUCACUGGAUUGACAAAGAAAAGCUUGCUAAUUUCAUCUUAGAUUGCCAGGACGUAGAGAAAGGAGGUAUCUCAGAUAGGCCAGAUGAUGCUGUCGACAUUUAUCACACUUACUUUGGAGUUGCAGGUCUAUCACAUCUCCAAUAUCCAGGAGUGAAAGCCAUAGAUCCUGCCUAUGCAUUGCCUGUUGAUGUGGUGAACAGGAUUCUAAUUGGUUCAUAACAAUAGCAUCUCUUUGCAUCAUUCAACAAAUUGACCACGUUUUCUGUUUACUGAAAGAAGAACGAGCUAUGAUAUUUGAGAUUGUUGAACAAAUUGUGUCUUGCUUCCAAUUGAUUGGGGUUCUUCAUAUAGGAUCUAACUUAUGUUUAUACCUUUUUAUCUGGUAUUCUCUAAGUUAGUGAUGUACGAUGUAAUAUUUACUAGUAGUGCUUUUGACGGUAUCCAAGUUGGAGUUUCUAGGCUUGUAUCUAUUUCUGUUCUGAGGGGAUGAACACUGUUAAUCUGUUAUCAUCACUUCUGCAUUGCUCCGAAGCUCUAUAUACUGA